AUGGCCGUAUGUUUAUCGGGACUUCCAGCACCCAAAGCAUUCGACACCGUGGGCGAACCUGCCACACUACAACAGAGAUGGAUUUUUGUGCCGUAUCUGGAAUUAAAGAUGCCAAACAGCAACGUGCCUUGCUACUCCCCAUCGCCGACACCGGAAUACGAGAGAUGUCAAUCUUAAUCGAAAAUAAGCUCAUUGAUGCUGUAGUUGAUUCUGGAGGAGCUGCAAUUUAAUAUCACAUGAAGUAUUUCAAUCUCUUUUUUGGGGGUAGUACCCGUCACACCAUGUAGCAAACAGGUUUACCCAUACCUUGCAACUAAAGCCCUAGAUCUUGUAGGCAGUUGCGCUCUCAAUGUAUGUGGCCCACAAACCAAUGCAAACAAGCAUACAGAAUUUUGUAUUGUUCCAGAUCGUGCAGCAACUCUUUUAGGCCGAGAUCUAUCAGAAGCAUUAGGCGUUCUCAAAGUGGGAGUACCCGUCAAUAGCUGCAAUAUAACCAUGACCCCUCUGCCUGACAAGAAAGCUGUACUGAGAGCCAAGUACCCUAGAGUGUUUCAAGGUUCAGGCAAACUUAAGGGUUUUCAACUAAAACUACACAUAAAUCCCAAUGUUAAGCCCUUAGCACAACCUAUACGCAGAAUUCCAUUCAGUCGUAGACAGAAAGUCAAUUAA